AGACAGUCCGAUAAAGGAAAGAUCUCCUUCAAACUUUACUCUAUCAAUAUGGCUGCUGCCUUUGUCUCUUGGCCAUCAGCGCCAUUGACCGAGUCGCUCGUCAAGAGAGCUUUGUUAAAUCUGUCGGUCCCAAUCAUCACGUCCCUUCCUGGCACCAAUGAAUGCUCAAAGCUACUUCAAUGGUCCACCUACGAUGCCAUCGACCAUGACCUGACACAUCGCAAUCCUGACAAUGUCUUGUCGUCCUCUUAUACCAUCAGAAAGGCUCUCAUUCGAAAACACUACUUAGCACGAUGCAUUCAUUCGUAUUUGACCAAACAUCUCGACUCCGUCCUCAAGAACGCGGUGCCAAGGACAUGGGAUCUCGAGAUCUCUUACGCGGAUGAGCUGGAUGAAAUGUGGAGCGACCAACUUUGGGAUCUUGGCAAUGAAAUCGAUGGCUCUUCUCAAUGGUGGAUUUUGAAGCCUGGCAUGGCAGAUCGGGGAAUGGGUAUCAGAUUGUUCAACAGCAAGGACUCGCUAUAUCAGAUAUUUGAAGAGUUUGAAGAGUAUUCCGAGGACGAAGAUGAGACCAAUGACACCUCUGUAAUAAUAUCACAGCUUCGUCAUUUUGUCAUUCAGGAAUACAUACCUAGCCCGUUACUCCUGGACCCCAACGAAAAGUCUCCUUCUGGCUCUGUGUUAAAGCCACUUGAAAACUUGCGCGGACAUAAAUUCCAUCUACGGGCGUACUUUGUUGCAUCAGGAGCUUUGCAACUAUUCAUGUACGACCGUGUUCUUGCUCUAUUCGCUGCUGUUCCGUAUGUCAGUCCGACGAAACGGGAGGAUGACAACGAUGCUGCUCCCGGGAACAUCGAUUUGACACCUCAUCUUACGAACACCUCGCUGCAGAUUGAUCGAGGCGAGGAAGGCGUCUAUCUACUUGAUGAACUCUCAGGAUGUCAUAUCCUGUCUGGACAUGAUGUGGAUAGUGAAGCGUUAUUUACUUCCGAAGAUAUUGAGAAUAUAAAGGUCCAAAUGGGCGCCGUUCUCGCAGAAACGUUUAAGGCCGCUGUAGAAAUGCCUAUACACUUCCAGCCGCUUCCGAAUGCAUUCGAAUUGUAUGGAGUUGACUUUCUGGUUUCUUAUGACCCAACCGGCCUCGAUUCAUUAGACAACUCGCGAAUGUUUCAAGUUAAACUUCUGGAAAUCAAUUCAGAGCCCGCCAUCGAACUAACAGGUCGAAGGCUUCAUGGAAUUCUCGAAGACCUAUUUAUUGCAAUCGAGCAGGUUGCAGUGAUACCCUUCUUUAAACAGGAAGUUGGAUGUGUACCAAGCACAGAAGUGCCUGUGGUACCAAGGUACUUGCGAAAGUGUCUUGAUACAAAGGUCCGAGGAUCUGGAGGUUGGUGAAGGGGUUAGAAAUUUGUUACACAUAUAUUCCCGUCCUAAAGCACACUUGCCUAUCCAAUGUGUUCCAUAGACCGUUACCCUCAACCCUCCUUGGUACCAGAUUUUGAAGCCUUUGGUUGACGGUCUUCGUGCGUUUCAUCAGUCUCGUCGCCUCUUUUCCGCUUGAUACUUGUAGAAGUGGCAUCCUUCACGCUUUUGGGAAGGUCCUUGCGCCUUUCGAAGAGUUGUCUAGCGAAUUCCUGGUCGUAUGCGACACGUCGGAUACCAAACAUUUCGACUUGGAGCAGUCCCUCCCAAAACAUCUUCUCCACCAUUCGCAUCUGCGAAGGCGAAACAAGGUCUCGGAAUAAGACAGUUUCCUUAGCCAACGCUUCAACCCU